GAGGUAAAAGUUCCUAUCUGUUCCGGACAAGCGACCGUCGGAUAUUGAAAUAUGAGUGAAAGUCUGGAUUUUUGCGAACCUUUUCCAGACAGUAAGGCUGCAUAUGUACUCAGCAAUGUCGCCGAGGUGGUUGAGAGAGUUCUCAUGUUCAUACCAACCAAAUCGCUUCUGCGGGUCGCCAGUGUGUGCAGAUUGUGGAGGAACUGUGCCCGCAGAGUGCUUCGGAUUCAGCAGCAUCUGACCUGGGUGUCCGCCUCUGGACCCUCCACCACGGAGCUUCACUCAUUCUGCAGCAUCCUGGCUGAAGAAGUGGAGAAAGUAUUCCUCCUGCCUAAAACAGUCCUGAUGAUGGUCGACUGUGAGGCCUUGACUGGACAAGCUUAUUGUUAUGAACAGAGCAAAGCAAAAAAGAGUCGUCAAUGCAUGAGUACAGCUGAAGAACUGGACCAGAUCUUCCCCAAAGGCUGUGACAUCGUUGGCAUCGCUACACCAGGCAUAGUCUUAACUCCGACUGGUUCGUGGACCGGUGCUCCUAAGGAGUACCAGGAAGGGGAGGCAGGCUUUGCAGUCAUGCUCCCCAAUACUGAUGGUGUUCACAUCAAGCCGUUUCACUUUUGCAAGAAAACAAUCUCUUUGUCAGCCAUGAAAGAAGCAGGACUAGUUGACAACCCAGAGCUACGCGUAGUGGUGAUGUUCAUCUAUGAAGCGUAUAAAUCUGGAGGCGCACGGUUCCUCAGCCAGAUCUUGGAGCCGCUGACAAACAGCAAGGCUUUAAUUGCAGGAGGACUAGUGGAAGGCGUCUUCUCUCCUCCCAGAGAUUGCUGCAGCAAGGGAUCAUACGGUGUGAUUGGCCUGGCUCUGAGUGGCCAUAAAGUUCAGGGGGCGUCCGUGCUCCUUGACCAAGACGUUGGCACCGCGAAGGAAGCGGAGGCCACGGUCCGACGGCUAAAGGCAGCCAGGAUUCCUGAAAGAAACACCCUGGGCUUCAUGUUUGCCUGCGUGGGGAGGGGCCAGAACUACUACCACAACCAGCACAAUGUGGAGGCCGACGCUUUUCACAAGGUCUUCCCCAAUACGCCGCUGUUUGGUCUGUUUGGCAACGGCGAGAUCGGCUGUGACCGGAUCGUUAAAGACGACUACACCCUCUGCAACUCCGACUCCGACACCUUGCAGCACGAAUACACCACCGUCAUGACUCUGGUCCACUUUGGCUGACUGGUGACCAGUUCGUGGACCGGUUCUUGGUCCACGAAGAACCGGUCCACGAAGAGAAAAGAAGUCGACAUGUUAUGACACUUGGGUCAACAACAACUUGGAGCAGCAGACAUUAUGUACAAAGUGUCACCAAGGAUGUCACCAGUGAUGCUUACAAAGCAGGACAAUAAUCCCCUCGGCCAUGAAGGUGUAAAGGCAAAACCUUUGGAGGUUUCAAGUCUUGGAAACUUUGAGAAGAAAGGAUUUGCCCAGAGUGUACAUACUGACAACAAAUUCUGCUUGCGUUAGUAGUAUGUUUAUGUCUUUCACCCCAACUUCCUCGCACACUGAAGACAUAUUUUUCCCCGUUGCUGCACUUUUUUGUUCAUGGAGGUAAAGAAAUUUGGUUUGUUUUUCCUCCUCAAAAUCAGGGUAAGCUUAAGCAAGUUUGACACAGUUUAGUCUCACCAGUGUUAACCCAUAGAUUUCUGGGUUUUUUUUGUUCUUUUUUUAUAUAUAUACAUCUGUUUAAUUCAUCCAGCUGUUAGCUUGGCACGCUGGUCGUAUUAUCUCAGCUUACGAAGUCUUAGGCUUUUUUCAAGUUUUCUGCUCUAGGCAGAGGAAAACAAACAACUUUUGGGGGGGUUUUGGGAGGUAGCAGUAUUUGGGUUUUUGGGUCAUUACAUGUUAGAUUAUUUGAAAUGAUAAUUUGCCCUGAAUGCCGAAUAUUUAGUUUGGCUGUUUCUUUUUCAUUUUCAGAUACAAGUUGUAGAAAGUGCUCAGCUUUAAAGAUGUCUCUUCAGUGCCUAGAUUCACACCUUGAAUCUUUUUACAUUUUGAUUAGUGACAAUAUAUUUAAUUAGGAUUUUGUUUAUAGACCAACAAAAGGUCAUAAUAAUUGCGAAUAUGAAGGAAUAUAUAUAAAGCAGUUUUCAUUUUCACUUCACAAUUAUUUACUACUUGGUGUUGGUCUAUGUAUCACAUAAAUGUUAAAUAAAUACAUUGAAGUUUGUGAUUGACAGAAUGUGGAAAAAAGUUAGGAGAAAUAGGACAGCAUUUCUAACAGCGCAUUCAGCCCUCUAAAAAUUUACUAAUCUUGAUGUUUAUUUUUUUUUUAAACCAAUGUUGAACAGUUUGUUGCUAAUUGGUUCAGUUUCUUCAUAUACAUGUUUUAUCAGGUGAUUGUUUUAUCUUGAACGUUGCUGAUGCGUCAUUGUGAAAAAAAAAAAAGAAACUGCAACUGUGAUUGUAACAAAAAACUAUUUAAAACAAAUCCAAAAUCUUUUCUUUUUUCUCCUAGAAAAUAUUUCUUGUCCAUUGUUUAGCUGUAAUAUAAUACACCAUGUAUAGUUUUUGAAAUAAAUAUGAAGAUAAAUUGUAUUAGAUAAAAGAAAAAAAAAAAGUUUGGUUAUUGUCAGACUUAUUUGUGCCCAAUAAGAUUUUCCUUAAACAGACAAUAAAUU